AUGAAAUAUAUUUCUUUUUUUGUUACUUUAAUAUUAAUUUCAAUUUUAAAUAAUUUUGUUUUAUCAUCAGGUACAACAGUUAGUGAAGUUACAUUAAUAGUAAAUUUAAAUAAUAAUAAUAAUUAUCCAGAGAAUGGAACUUGUGGUAGUACUCAAUUAACAUGUAAUAAUAUAAAUGAUGCAUUUAAUUAUUUUAAUACAAUUGCAGUUAAUGUUAAUACAAGUUCACAAAUCAUUUAUCAACAAUUAAACCUUUUAUUAGAUGAUGGUACUUAUUCCAUUGGAACAACAACAAUUAAUUUAUAUCAAUAUAAUAUAACAAUUUCACCAUUAAAUUCAGGUUCAAAUAAAGUAAUAAUUAAUAAUAAUAAUAAUUCACCAAUGUUUUCUGUAAUACCAUUUAAUAGUACUGAUGAUAGUAUUUGGCAAAAUUCAUAUAUUUUAAUUACUGGAAUUCAAUUUUUAAAUUUUAAACAAUCAAUUAUUAAAGUUUCCACCAUUUAUUCAUUUACUGAUAUUAAAUUUCAAUCAUGUAUUAUUAAUCAAUAUAAUUCAAAAAGUUCAAUUAUUGAAAUUAAUCUAUCAUUUCAAGGAAGUUUACAAAUUCCAAAUAGUCAUUUAAAAAUUAAUAAUUCUCAAAUUUCAAAUAUUCAAACUGAUAAUAAUACACCAUUGAUUUUUGCCAUUAAUACUAUUAUUGAUUUUAAUCAAAAUUCAAUUACAAAUGCAACUGGUAUUCAUAGUUUUAUUUCAACAUCAUAUGGUGAAUAUUUAAAUGUAGAUUUUUCAGAUUUUACAAAUGUAAAUAGUUCAUAUGGUAUUUUUGAAGUUACAAAUACACAUGCUUCAAUUGGUGAUGGUAAUUACAAUAAUAUCCAAGCAACAAGAGGUGCAUCGGUUUUAACAUUUACAAAAAGUGUAACUCAAGUAUACUCUGCUGCUAUUGCUCGUUGUAAUUUCAAUGGUUAUAGUGGUACUAAUGGUGGUGUUUUCCAAGGUUUAAAUACAUUAACAAGUUUAGAAACUAUUAGUUCAAGUAUUUCUCAAUGUACUUUUUCAAGUGGUAGUUCAAAUAGUGGUGGUGCAAUUUAUUCAAACAAUAUACCACUUUCAAUUGUAAAUUGUGAUUUUGGUAAUAAUAGUGCAAGUCUUACUGGUGGAUAUAUUUAUAUAAGUGGUAAUUCAUUAUCUUUAGUAAAUGUAUCAAUCACCAAAGCACCACUUCCUAUUACUACCACUACCAAUACAAUAGUUGGCGAUGGAAUUGGUGGUUAUGCUCUUUAUGCUUUAAAUUCAACUGUUAAUAUUAAUAAUGGUACUUUUGGUGGUAAACUUGAUUCAAUCUUUUGCAAUGGUUCAACAAUUAAUGCUGAUCAAUACACUACAUUACAAUCAGUUUAUUGUAGCAAUUGUAAUGUAGAAGUAAGUAAUAGACAAGUUUGUAAUUUUGGUGGUGAUUCAACUUCAACCUCAACUUCAAAUUCAGGUACUGGUACUGGUACUGGCACAGGAGGAGGUAUUAGCAUUAGUAGUAGCAGUGGUGGUGCUAGUCAAACUCUAACUAUCACCUCAACAAGUUCAACUCCUCAAACUUCUGCUUUAACUUCCAGCUCAAGCUCAGGUUCUGUUCAUACUACUGUAUCAACAAUAACUACGACAGGUUUUACAAGCCAAUCAAACCAAUUUUCACCUUCUUUUUCAAUUUUUAUUUUUAUUUUAUUACUUUUAAUUUUAUCGGUUCAAUAA